AUGAGCUCCAAGGAGCGAGUAAGGUAUGUUGAUGUGGGAGCGAGGAUAGGCAGGAAGCUGGAGAGGGAGGAGGCAAAAAACAAGGAUGAACAGAACUUCGCCGAUCUGCACAUGCGCCGGGUUGAACUACGCAGCAAGGGAGAUGAGGAGCUUGCCAGGGCGAACGCGAUGGUGCAGGAGUGCAUGGAGAUGCGGAUGAUGGACACUGUCCCCUACCUGCCGGGACAGUGGACGCUGCCGCUGCAUGAGAGGAUCAUGCAGAGACUGGAAGAGGGUGGGAAGUCUCUCGAUGCGGCAGAGAGCACGUACCAGCAGGCAGGAGCCAAGGACAAGCUGUCAAGUGUACAGCAAGUGCGGGAGACUCUGGCGGCUCUGGUGGUCAAGAACGAGAAGUUGAAGGAAUGGCACGCAAGGCUGGAGGAGGCCGAGCGAGAGGUCCAGGAGGCUGCUCGGCUCGGGAUGCCGUGGGGAGAGGAGAAUUUCGUGCGAGCUAGGGAGAGGAUGGAGGAGGCGAAGAGCCGCCUGAAGGAGGCGGGGGAGGAUGGACUCGACGAGAGCACGGGAAGGCAGAAGCCGAAAUCUUUGAUCCUCAACAAGUUCGACCUUCGCCUGCUCAAAGUCAGGAGGGAGUGCGAGAGGAGGAGAGCUCGAGUUUCCCAGCACCUCCUCCAGUGCUCGAACCCGAACCCCGACAGGAGGAAGGUGGCUGUAGAGAGCCUGGCGGAAGUCGGCAGGAGGCCGGUGCCCUGUCGGGUGGACUUCUUCGGUAACCUUGAGGUCAUGGUGGAGGAGAGCGAAUGGAACAAGGGGGAGGGUAGAGGGGACGAGGAGGUAGUUCGGUCCGUUGUCAACGGCCUGGACGACCGUGACGGCCAAAUCCGGCAAGCCGCCAUGCAGACGCUGCCGUCGGUGUGCAAGGGGGAGGAUGCUACGGUGAUGGACAAGAUCGCAGGGCUGCUGAGCGAUCAAUCGGUACAUGUGAAGAUGAAAGCGAUGAAGAUGGUGUCUUCGAUCGCAUAUCACGACGUUGCUCGCGCGUUUCGGCUCUUGUGCGACAUGCUGACAGAUCCAGACGCGACGGUCAGAGGCUGCACCGUCAAGACCGUUGCACAGCUCCUGCAGGAGAGCAAAGACGAAGACAACAGGCUCUACCAUCAGAUCAUCUCACAUGCGCUCGCUUACGUCGACUGGAAGCCACGUGGGGAGAGAGGAGGAGAUGAGGGACGAGGAUCAGGAACAGGACAUGGCGGUAACCCCAGCUGCAACUCCAACUGGGUCACGGAAGAGAGGGACGUGAUCCUUUCUGCUCUGGAGCUCCUGGCUCAAGUGGCUCGGAAAGGGGACGAGGAGGUGACGAGGAGGAUGCUCUCCCUGCUGGAGGUCAGCUGGGAAAGGCUGCUCAGAGAGCACACGUCGCAUGCUCGGGACGCAUCCCAGCCGCACUUGGGGUUGGGGGAGGAUUGGAUGCAGUCUCGAGGGCCGGUGAGCCUGCGAGCCCAGCUGAACGCGUUGGACAGACUUCCUGCUGCCAGCUGCCGGGCGAGGAGAGGAGUAACGGCAGCAGAGGUCCGGCUGCAGGCCAUCCAGGUGCUGGCCAGGGUGGCGAUGAGCUCGAAGGAAGUGAGGGAAGAGGCAGAGAGGCUGGAGAGGGAGGAGGAAGCAGGAGGAGAUGGGGCGCAGGAGCAGCAGAGGCGGCACGCGGCCCGAGCUCGUUCCUUCGGCAACUUCGUGCGGCACUCGCUGGUGGUGGAGGGACUGAUCAGGAGGCUGGAGGAGUACAACCGAGACAUCAGGUGGCUGGCAGCUCAGACUCUGGUGGAACGACUGUGUGAUCAGGACGACCCGCUGCUUCUGGACGCGAUCGUUGACUGUGUAGAGCACAUGGAGCCAGAAGUCCAGAGGCUCGGGGUGGAGCUGGUGGGAGGAGGGUCAGUGACAGCUUGCGUGUCAAGGGGGAACAGGGACUUGACAGCAGCCAUGUGCGAGGUGAUAGCAAGGAACGCUCGGGCGAGGCAGGUAGCAGCAGAUGUCUUGCUGGCGAACUGCUCGGGGCAGGACGACUUUGCGGUGGAGCAGCUGGUUGGUCUGCUGUCGGAUCAGGACUUUGCGGUGAGGGAGAUAGCGAUGAGUCUGCUGAAGAGAUUGCUGGGGAAGGGGGAUGGGAAGAGGCUGAAGAUGAUAGAGGAAGGAUGCCACCAUGAGUCUACAGAGGUUCGCAUCGCCGCCCUGCACGCGCUGACGGAGUUUUCCGACCGCGACGACAACGUCACUUGCUCCAUCCUACAGCACUCGCUCAACGAUCGCGACGAGGGCGUUAGAUGCGCCGCUGCUCGCUCCCUCUCCCUCCUUGCCGACCGGGGGAGCUCGCGAUCAAUCGGGGCGCUGCUGUCAGGGUGCCGAGACGCUGCCGUCAGCGUCAGGCUGGCAUCGGUGGAUGCUCUCUCCCGCGUCUCCCUGCGCAACGAUGCUGCGGUGGUCGACAUGCUGCUGGAAAUGCUCGACGACCCGGAGGAGAUGAUACGGGACAAGGUCCUCGAAGUGAUCGACAGGGUCGUUGACGGAGACAACCAGCAGCUCUCCUCGAAGCUGCUCUGCAUGGUAGCGGGGAACCAAGAGGAUGCGGCCAAGGUGCUCGGGGCGCUCGAGAGAUGCUCUGUGGGGCAGUCAGAGACUCACUACGCCAACCCCCUCUUCUUCCACACGGCGAGCUUCAAGGACACCUCAUCGCAGUACACUAUCAAGACAUGGACAGCUCCUCAAAGCGCUCGUGCCCUCUACACCCAAGAGGACGGGGGUUAUGACAGUCUUUUCGGCCUUAUCCUGCUCUUCCUGAAUCAGCUGGUUCCUGAUCUUAUCACCACCAUCCAUGGCAUGAGCGAAUCGCUCUCAGCCGCCAAGACGAUCAAAAGGCUGGUCACCUUUCUCGGCUCCUCCUCCGUCUCCGUCGUCCCCAACACAAGCUCUCAGUCUUCCUCCGGCCUCGCUCGCUCUCGCCCAGGCACCGCCAUCCUCCGACAAGAUGGAGUGGAGGAGAGGAUCUGGAGGGUGGAGAACGACCUGCAGAUGCUAUCGGCCGUUGCGAGAGAAGAUACUUCACAGCUGGAGAAAGAGGUCCGAGCAGUCAAGGAAGGUAUCGAGCAGCUUCGAUCGAUGGGAGAGGACGUCUUCCAGCAGUACUCGGAACCGUGCGAGGACGAGGACAAUGCGGCCGUAGCAGCCUUCCUGUCAAGACUCGAGAUGAGUGAAGACUUGGGACUAGGAGGACGAGGACGAGGACGAGGACGAGGACGAGGCGAGGACGAGGACGAGGACGAGGACGAGGACGAGGACGAGGACGAGGACGAGGCGAGGACGAGGACGAGGACGAGGACGAGGACGAGGACGAGGACGAGGACGAGGACGAGAGAGCGAAAGAAUGUAUGUGCAACGUUCAUCAUGUGCAUUGCAGGCGUGACGGUGCUGUGCCUCGCAUCUCUCACCAACAUGUCCCUCUGCCUCUCUCAAGACCUCAACCUUGUCCAGCAGAAGGUGAGGGAGGUAGUGAUCAUGGGAGGAGUUGUCUUUCCGCCGCCGCUCUCCACAGAGAACGAGCUGUUUACUCAGAGAGGGAUCGAGUUCAACUUCUACUUCGACCCUGACUCAGCGCACAAGGUUGUACACUCUGGUCUACAAGUCACGAUGAUCGGACUCGAGAUUCUGGAUGCAUCUCUUAUCUUACAGACACUCCUGAUCAGUUUCGACAUGUCAGCAACUUACUCUUCGGUCGCUUGUUUCUACCUGAUUCGCCCUGAGUGCUUCAAGUUUGAGGAGGUUUGGGUGUGUGUUGACUGCAACACAGGGAGAGUAGAGAAGGCCUUUCCUUCCGAUGAGAACGUGAAGAUCCGAGUCGCUGUCCAGCUGGAUCGGCAGGAGUACUUGAGCUUCUUGCGGGAUCACCUCAAGAACAAGGAGCUAUGA